AUGGACAAUCCUGAGCAAUUCAAGUUAUCAUACUCGGUACCCGCUGAGAGCCGAGCGAUACUAUUAGAAUCGCUUGUUGGCAACAGUCUCCACAGCAGUCUCCCAGCUGAAACAAAGGAGUUCGCUCAUCAUGUUCGGUUUGAAGGCUCAAACCUCCCCUGUCUGCCAAUCAACUGGAGAUUGGCAGAGAGUGCUGCAUCCCUCAAGGCUCUGGAAGCAGUCCUCAUCAACGUCUUGAUCAGUCGCAAGUACGGCCAAGGCCCGUUUCCUGUCACUAUUGACACGGAUCACGCCCAACUGUUCUUCAUGUCUUCCUUGCUCAUCGAGGCCAACCCAGAUCCUGCUUCGCCAAUACAGCCGACUCCGAUUCGAGAGCUCACCGAAAAGUACAGCCACUAUUUCCCCAACCGGGAUCUGCACCAGAUGGCGUCGUCUCCUUUCCGCAAAGCCGUCACAAACAUCUACAAAACUAAAGAUGAUCGCUUCUUCCACCUGCACGGAAGUCUGAAUCCUAAUCCAAGCCUAGAAGCUAUUGGAUUUCCGUGCGACAACAUGGAAAUCCAAGACAUCGAAUCCUCGUUUGUCCCAUUCAUGAACCGCAUAGCUGAGAAAGACGCCGAGGCGUGGGAUCAUCUACUUGGGGACGAAUACAAGCAAGCUGCCACUAUAUGUCUCAGUAAAGAGGAAUAUGCAAACAGUACCCAAGGUCAGGUCAAUGGUAAAGUUGGGCUGUACAGAGUGCAGAGACAGGACUCAAGACAUGCAGCCGGCUGGUGGGAGCCAUCCAAGGACACCUCAGUCGAGAGACCUCUAGCGGGACUCAAGAUCGUGGACUUGACCCGCGUCAUCGCUGGGCCUGCCAUCGCAAGAGGCCUGGCCGAGCUCGGGGCCAGUAUCAUGAGAGUCACUGCUCCGCACUUGCCAGACUUCUCUGGUCUGCACCCAGACCUAAACUGGGGUAAAUGGAACUGCUCCCUGGACCUGCGACAGGAAGACGACCGAGAAAAGCUGCGCCGUCUUAUACAAGAGGCCGACGUGGUCGUGAAUGGCUAUAGGCCUGAUGCAUUGACCAAGUACGGGUUCGGUCCGGCCGAGGUGUUCUCCCUAAUCAAGGAUCGCAAGAGAGGCAUCAUCUACGUUCGCGAGAACUGCUUUGGUUGGGACGGCCCGCUAUCCCAUCGCAGUGGAUGGCAGCCCAUCAGCGAUGCGCACUCUGGAAUCUCCAUGGGCUUCGGGCGAGCCAUGGGCCUGGACGAGCCUGUCACUCCUGUGUUUCCCAAUUCGGACUAUUGCACCGGAAUAGCGGGGACAUGUGCUGUGCUAGAGGCACUUGUAGACCAAGCAGAGAAGGGUGGAUGUUAUCUCAUCGACACAUCUUUGAACUACUACAACCAGUGGCUGGCCCAGUCCGUGGGUGAGUAUCCAAAACCAGUCUGGAAUCAUGUUUGGAAACAAACAGGGCACGAGGUGUUCCGUCAUUACCACAGUAUGAACCAUACCAUACCGCGAUUCAUCGACAAGAUGAAGCGAAACGGCACAUUACUCAAUCCCCGGUUCUUCGAGACGCGGGAGUCGCCAGCCCUUGGGGGCCUUGUUUUUCGCACACCAAAGGCGGUUCUCCGUUUCCCGCCAGGCACGGUGAAGCUCGGGUACAAUGUAGGGACUCGCGGGAAUGGUGUAGAUGAACCACAUUGGCCAUCGGACCUUAGGACCGAAGUCGUCGGCAAGGUCAGACAGUAG